AUGGCUGAUAACAAUGUACUUAGCGACGAGCAACGAAAAAAAUUCGAUGAAUCUUACAAAGAAAAGCGAUCCGGUCUACCUGUAUGUCCAACAUGUAAAAGUCGAGAUGAUGUUAUUCCAACAGUACGUGGUAAACCAACUCAUGACUUAAUGUUAUAUGCUGAAGAAGGCAAUGUUAAACUAUCCGGAUGUACACAAUCUUACCAAGGAUGGUGCAAGAAAUGUGAAACAUUCAUAUAA